GCAGCUGAUAAGGAAAGAUUUAUAAUUCAGCCUCUCGCGUCCAGAACGCCAGCAGAACCAAGUCAACAUGCUCCCUUUCGUUUUGGCAUCGGUGCUCAUCGCUAGCGCUCUGGGGUGCGGCGUUCCCCCCAUUGAGCCCCUCACCACCCGCGUGGUUAACGGAGUGGAUGCCAUUCCUCACAGCUGGCCCUGGCAGAUCUCUCUGCAGUACCUGCGAGACAACGAGUGGAGACACACCUGUGGAGGAUCUCUCAUCGCCACCAACUGGGUGCUGACUGCUGCUCACUGUAUCAAUGAGAAGAACACCUACCGCGUUUAUGUUGGAAAGUAUAACCUGGUGGAGGAGGAGGCUGGAUCCAGGGCCUUCAGCACCGAGACCAUCGUGGUGCACGAGAAGUGGAACCCUAUUUUCGUGGCCUUCGGGAACGACGUGGCUCUGAUUAAGCUGUCUGAGCACGUGACCCUGAGUGAUACUGUGCAGCUGACCUGCAUGCCCGCUCCUGGAACCCUCCUGCCCAACAACUACCCCUGCUACAUCAGCGGCUGGGGCAGAAUCUCCACCGGAGGACCCAUCGCUGAUAAGCUCCAGCAGGCCCUGAUGCCCGUGGUGGAUCACGCCACCUGCACCAAGCUGGACUGGUGGGGUCCUGCUCUGAGGGACACCAUGGUGUGCGCUGGAGGAGACGGAAUCGUCGGCGGCUGCAACGGUGACUCCGGUGGUCCGCUGAACUGCAGGAACGCUGAGGGUGUUUGGGAGGUGCACGGUAUCGCCAGCUUCGUCUCUGGUUUGGGCUGCAACUAUGAGAAGAAGCCCACCGUCUUCACCCGCGUGUCUGCCUUCAACGACUGGAUCAACCAGGUUAUGAUGAAGAACUAAACGAGACCAAGGAUCAAAUCAUUUCAAUAAAGACUUAAAACAUU